GUGGAGACAUAUUCAUGCAUAUUCUACCCGACGUUCGUUUGCGAAGCCUGUUUUUUUUCUGGGAGAGCAGGGGGGACGGGACAUAACGGCCAACAGUCAACGGCCAUCGUGAAGUUCAGCUUCCUUACCUCCUACCGACACAACUGCCCUAACCUUGGCUGGGCUGCAUGUGAUGUGUGAUGUGGUGGGUGUCGUGGUGGGUGUCGUGGUGGGUGCCGACGGGUUGCUUUGCCUGUCCGGUCCAGCCCGCACCUAGAGUUGAGUACCGAAUGCGGAUGUUCAGCACGAGACCCACCCCACCGCCUCCACCCCUCAGCUCGAGGAGAGUAGAGUUUUGGGGACGGAAGAAUUCUACAACAGGACGUGGAUGUGGAGAAGCAGCCAGCUGCAGUUGCAUCGCAUCGGAUCGCAAGAAGGGAAGGGAAGGGGUGGGAGGGUGUGUACUGUGUACUACAUCGAAAGCCGAGCCGAUAUCGUCCGGUCUUUCUCGGUCUUUCUCGGGGCGCAGCAGAAAAUGGAAAAAAUAAAAAGGCUCAAAAUGUGAAACCGGUAGUGGUUGAUAGACUGAACUGCACUGAAUUGAACUGGCGGAACUGAACGAAUCGAACGGACGGAACUCACGGAGCUUCUUAUUCGAG